CUCCAACAGCUGAUCCACGUCCACACGAUUCCGCGACAUGAUCGCUGCUUUCAAGGCCGAUCAAUUAUUUCUCUGCCACAAUGUAAUUAACGCUGUGAAUGUGAUAAGACGCGAACAUAAAAUUUAACCGGCGUUCCCGCUUCAUUUAGACCGUUUCUGCUGCGAGAAAUAUUAAAAAAGUUUAAUCACCUAUUAAUUAGCAUGAUUUUGUUCCGUCCAAUUGUGGUCCUUGUUAAGUCAGGAACUUCCUUUUUACGAAAACCAUCAUCAAAUUAUGUGAUUUUAACCCCCAUGAUUCCUGUCCGGAACAUCUCCUCAAUGGAGAUUACAAAAAAUAUCACGUUACUUUCCGACGAAAAGAAAACCGGAAAAGUGAUUAAUUUAAAAAUGGAACAGCAAGAGGACAAACCUCUAGUGGUCAUGCUGUCGUGGCUGAUGGCCAAGAGGAAACAUAUUUACAAAUACGCCGAUUUUUACAUUAAGAGGGGGUUUGAUGUCAUGAAUGUGACCAUCACCCCCUGGCAAUUGCUUUGGCCGCUGAAAGGAUCGCAGCUCAUAGCAGUGGACAUUCUCAAGUUCUUGGACAACAACCGGAGCUACAGCCCCCUUGUGGUGCAUGGUUUUUCCGUCGGCGGUUACCUCUGGGCCGAAGCCUUGGUGCAGCUUGAAGCCGAACGCAGCCGUUACCAGCACAUUUCGGACCGAAUUGUGGGCCAAGUCUGGGAUAGUCUAGCCGAUAUCACCGAAAUUCCAGAAGGGUUCCCGUUUGCCGUGUUCCCUAAAAAUAAAGUGUUGCAAGCGGCGCUGAAACAAUACAUUUUAUACCAUUUAAAAACUUUCGAUAAAGUCGCGACGUGUCAUUAUGUUCGAGCUAGUCAAAUGUUCCACACUAAUAUUGUCAGGGCACCUGCCUUGUUCCUCCUCAGCAAAACCGAUCCGAUUGGAUCGGAACGGUCGAAUUUGAGGGCUCGCGAAAAUUGGGAAAGUAUGGGGAUACAAACGUACUGGAAAUGUUGGGAAAAAUCGCCACACGUGGGCCACUACCACCACCAUCCGAAGGAAUACACGGCGGAGUUGUUAAAGUUUUAUGAAAAUAUCGGUCUCCUGUCGGAGAAACUGGAAAACCAACAGUCGCAACUGAAGGCGAAAUUAUAAAGGGUGGAUCUGUUGUUUUGUCAUUUCAAUGUAUUCUCAAAUAUCGAUAUUUAGGUGUAAUUUACGUUUUUAAUAUUUAUUGCAUUUUGUAAAGCACGGGUGAAAUAAAUACUGAGUUCGCAAAAA